CCCGCACGUUAUAACCCUCGUCUGUCGACUUUGAGGGAUUCCUGACGCGUACAGCUAAUCGAUAUGGACCCCGCACCAAGGCAGCCGCUAUCCUCGUCAAAGUACCAUUUGCCGUACUUCAGCCCGUCCGAGGUCGCCAUACUCUCCGCAAAACAACGCGGAAAAUUCUCCAUCCAUCAGGAGGAGCGGCAAAGACAGAAUGCGUGCUCUUUUCUUGAGGCUAUGGGCGGUCGUAUCGGAUUCCCUAGGAAGACUAUUGCCAUGGCUCAGCUCCUAUACCAUCGCUUUCACCUAUUCUUCCCGCUAAAGGACUUCAUAUACACAGACGUCGCGCUCGCCGCCCUCUUCGUAUCGACGAAGAUGCAGGACACGCUGAAGAAGCCACGCGACCUGCUUGCAGUCUCUUACGCAGUUCGCUUCCCCGAACUGGCCGCGAAGACCAAGCACCCAACGGGCGAGAUCGACAUUGACACCAUGGAUCCUGCGAUUGUCGAGCAGGACCGGCAGAAACUCCUCGCCAUCGAGCGGCUGCUUCUGGAGACGAUCUGCUUCAAUUUCACAUCGCGGCUCUGCUUCCCCUAUGUGAUCAAGAUUGCAAAGCGGCUUGCGGCGUCCAAAAAGGUCGCCCAGUUGGCGUGGCGGUUGUCGAUUGAUAGCCACCGCACCCUCAUUCCGCUCCAGUACCCGCCGCACACGGUGGCGAUGGGCAGCAUAUACGUCGCCGCACUCCUUUCUUCGUUCGAACAGGCUCAGGAGGACGACCCCAUCGGCACGACCAGCAGCCACGACAUCGCGCAAAUGCUGCACGAGCACGGUGCCUGGGAAGCCUCCUUCCAAUGUCAAGUCGACGACCUCGAAGCUAUCGCGCACGCCUUGAUCGACCUCAUCGGCCAAGGGCUCCAAAACCCCGCCACGAAACCCUCCCCCCGCACGCCCUCUUCCCCCUCCGCCGCCGCCUCUACGGCGCCCGGUGGUAAAAUGAGCUCAGGCAAGGCCAUCCUCCGCCUCUACGACGCCGACCAGCUCCUCCGGCUCAAGAUCAAGCUGCGCGAGACGGAGCACGAGCCGCGCGCGCGGAACCCGAUCGGGCAGGCGGACCCGACGGCGGGGCACAGGAGCGACGAUAUCGCGAUGCUGGGAAAGAACGAGGGGACGGUGAGGUUCAUGUUCGGGCCACCGGCGGUUGUGGGUGCGGGGUCGUGAGGGAUGGGAGGGGUAGGAUAGAAACGGAGCUUGUGGAUAUGGUAAGCUGGUAUUGUUUGUGAAAAGACGGUAAUAUACAGCGUCUUCGUGAGCUACAUCGAGAGGGAUAUGUAUAUGCAAGAUCGUGCUAUCUG